GAAAGAGUGAGAAUAAAGCAUAUUAAUAAUUUGUACAUUCGAAACACCCCAGCGUUAAUUAUUCACUUUUGAGGGUUGCAGUUAAAUGAACGUAAUAAAUGAAAUUGAUAAAUCUGAAAUCAAUACCGAAUAAAAAAACAACGGGGAUAAAAAUAAAGAAAAACAUUUAAAUUGAUAUUUAACAAAAUAAAAUGAAUAUGGAAUGAUGAUGUAACAAGGAGAAUAUGAAUAAAAAUCAUAGAAUGUGCAAAAAUAAUCAUCUAAAAGUUCUCCUGCUUCGCAAAAGAACUUUUGGGAGAAAUUGCGAAGCAAUUUUUCAAUUGACAAUUGACAGCGUUGACUGUGCUGAAACGUAUCUUCAGCUUGACGAAAAAUCUGAGCCUGUUCCUCCAACAGGAAGACUGCGAUUUGAGCCAAUGCGUCAGUUACGCGAACGAUGUGCACCAACAAAUCAAGCAGAUGCGAGUCCAAGCUACAGAAAAAUUCAGCGAAAUCUUUAUUUUAGCGACUGAAGCUGCAGAAACCAUUGAUGCUGAGCUGACUGUUCCUCGACGAGUAGGACGACAGAAAAAUCGGGACAACUACGAAGGGAGUAUUGAAGAUUACUAUCGUAGAUCAAUUUACAUUCCGUUCUUGGACAAAUACUCAGAAGAGCUCGAGUCGAGAUUUUUGGAACAUAGGAAUAUUCUCUCCAGGAUACAAAACAUCAUUCCGGAGAAAUGUGCGGACAUUGAUGUGUCUGAAUUACACGAUACUGUUCAUACCUUGAAUAAAGAAUGGCCAAAUGACAUCCCUGUAUUCACCGAAGAAUUCGAAGCAGAAAUUGAGUUGUGGAAAAGAAAAUGUUCAAAUCUUUCCAAAGAGAAGCCCAUAACAACAUUCAUCGAAGCUUUGGACGUUUGCGAUGAAACAUUCUAUCCAACGGUAUACCGAUUUCUUCAGAUCGGUGCAACACUGCCAGUAACAGUGGCUUCGAGCGAACGGUCGUUCUCUACACUACGAAGAUUGAAGACAUAUUUACGCAAUAAGACUGGAGAGCAAGAUUGAAUGGAUUGGCGCUUCUGAACAUUCACCGGGAUCUGGAAGUAACCUCUGACGCAAUAUUGAGUAUAAUGGCCCAAAAACCAAGAAAGAUCGAUAUUACAUUGUGAAUUAUUCAUGAAUAAAUUAUAAAUAUUCACAUUCAAAUUUAACUUACCUAACCCCCCCCAAAAAUAUUUCCUGCGUG